AUGAUGGGGUCCCUUCUGCUGCCCCUGCACAUCCUCAUGCUGACCUUGGCCCUGGGGACUUCUGGACAAGAAGACCAGGGUAACAAGAGUGGGGAGAAGAUCAUCAAUGGCGUCCGGUGCACAACAGGCUCCCACCCGUGGCAGGUGGCCCUGCUCAAGGGCAACCAGCUCCACUGUGGGGGUGUGCUGGUCAGCGAGCGCUGGGUGCUCACGGCUGCCCACUGCCAGAUGAGUGAUUACAUGGUGCACCUGGGCAGUGACGAGCUGGACGAUAGGAAAGCCCAGAAGAUCAAGGCCACAAGGUCAUUCCGCCAUCCUGGCUACUCCACGCAGACCCAUGUGAAUGACCUCAUGCUUGUGAAGUUAAAUAAGCCAGCCAGGCUGUCAUCAAGUGUGAAGAAAGUCAACAUGCCCUCCCACUGCGAACCCUCUGGGACCACAUGUACUGUCUCUGGCUGGGGCACAACCACAAGCCCUGAUGUGACUUUUCCCAAGGAACUCAUGUGCACAGACGUCAAUCUCAUCUCCUUCAAGGACUGCAAGAAGGUUUACAAGGAAAUGCUGGGCAAUUCCAUGCUGUGCGCUGGCAUCCCCAACUCCAAGACCAACGCCUGCAACGGUGAUUCAGGAGGACCAUUGGUGUGCAAAGGUACCCUGCAAGGUCUAGUGUCUUGGGGGACUUUCCCUUGUGGCCAACCCAAUGACCCAGGAGUCUACACUCAAGUCUGCAAGUACACCAAGUGGAUACAGGAGACCAUGAGACAGCAUCGCUAAUACCUCACUGA